GAUUCAAAAGUCUAGACAAUCCCCCCCGUAUUAGGGGUUGAUCUCAGACAAUUGCUGGUCGUCAAGCCUUCAGACACGGUCGUAUAUCGCCCACUGCACUACUUCUUCUAGAUCCACACCAUUUCCUCAUCUUUAUAAUAAUAACAAUAAUCCCACUUUGCACCCAUUACACGCUUCCUCUUGUUCUUCCCAAUUAAUAAUUAUUCUAAUCCCCAAUUUCAUUUCAAUUAUUCAACUUUCUCCCACCCCAAACCCUACAUUUCACCCCCAAAUUUCAUCCCUUUGACUUCAAAUUCCCUCAAUUUCAUGACCCAGAAACUGUUCUAGCCAUUAUUCCGAUUUGGGUAUCUGAUUUCUUCAUCAAUUAAUGGAAACAACCGGUGUGAGCGUUGACACAACCACUUCUGAUGCAUCUGUAAGUAAUAAUAAUAAUAAUAGUAUCCCACCUUCGUCAAACCCUUUAUCUCCAAGAAUCACAAGCAGUACAAUUUCUCCAAGAAGAACGACGUCGUCGUCUGAAUCUUUCCCUGUUAUUAGAUUCCUUCAAGCUCCGGUCACCACUGUGUUGGAAUAUUCCGGUGUGCUUCGACCGCGGUCGAAUCCCGAAUACCAUGAAUCUGAAAGUUUGAUUCAUGAUCACCAUGAUCAUGAUCACGGUAGUGGUGAUUUAGGUACAGGUGUAGGUAGUAGUGGGGAUGGGGAUAGUGGGGAGGUUUCGAUUCGGAUAAUUGGGGAGGAAGGGCGCGGUGAGGCGGUGGCGGUGAAUGGGGGAGAUGGUGGUACAGGGGAGAGGGAAAUGGCUGAUUCUAGUGAUGUGGAUGGGAGUGGGAGUCGGGGUGAUUCGUCGUCGCAACAGCGGUAUGAUAUGCAGCAGGUUUCGAGGUGGAUCGAGCAGAUUCUUCCGUUUUCGUUGCUGUUGUUGAUCGUGUUUAUUCGGCAGCAUUUGCAAGGUUUCUUUGUCACAAUAUAUGUAACUGCUUUUAUGUACAAGUCUAAUGAUAUUCUUCAAAAGCAGACAGCUUUAAAGGGGGAGAGAAAACUUUCCGUUCUUGGUGGUUAUUUUGUAGUUUUUGUUCUUCAUGUGAUUGGAGUUUACUGGUGGUACCAAAAUGACGAUCUUUGUUAUCCGCUGUUCAUGGUUCCACCAAGAGCAAUACCACCGUUCUGGCACGCUAUAUUUACCAUCAUCGUGAACGAUACAAUGGUGCGACAAGCAGCAAUGGCGAUUAAGCUGGUAUUGCUUAUGUAUUACAGAAAUGGCAAGGGUCAUAAUUUUCGUAGACAGGGUCAAAUGCUAACCCUUGUAGAAUACGCAUUGCUGUUAUACCGUGCAUUCUUACCCGCUCCAGUUUGGUACCGGUUUUUCCUAAACAAAGAAUACGGGAGCCUUUUUUCAUCUUUGACCACAGGGUUGUAUUUGACUUUCAAGCUUACAUCGAUUGUUGAGAAGGUUGGAUCCGUGUGGACUGCAUUGAAGGCGUUAUCACGUAAGGAAGUCCAUUAUGGAUCGUAUGCAACACCAGAACAGGUAAUUGAAGCAGGGGACUUGUGUGCUAUUUGCCAGGAAAAGAUGCAAGCUCCGGUUUUGUUGCGCUGCAAACACAUUUUCUGUGAAGAUUGUGUUUCGGAAUGGUUUGAAAGAGAAAGGACGUGCCCGUUAUGCAGAUCUGUGGUGAAGCCAGCAGAGUUACGUUCAUUCGGUGAUGGAUCCACAAGCCUCUUCUUCCAGUUGUUCUAGAAACAGUGAAAAAAGGCGGCAUAUGCGGAUCUCUGUUUUAAUUUCGCACAUCAUUCUUCAAAUACCCAACUUAUAAACAGGAUUACAGUAAAGGAAGGCAGUCCUGAGCAUUCUUUUUUCACUAAAAUUGUAGUUAUUAAGCAUUAAAUGAGCCUUACAUAUGUUAAUGUUUGAUAAGCAUUGUACAUGAGAUACCAUUUUCAUGCAUUUUGUUGAUAUUUAAAUUAAAUUAAAUGCUCUGGGAAUAACAGGCUAGUUUCUCAA